AAGGGGAAAGGGGGGAAGGAGAGAGGGGGGGGGAGGGAGGGGGAGAGGGAGAGGGCCCGGGGAGAGAGGAAAGAAGGGCAGGGGGGAAGAGGGAGGUGAGAGAAAGGGUCAGAGGGAGAGAAGGAGGGGGAGAAAGGGGCAGGGAGGGAGUUGGGGAGAGUGAGGGCAGGGUAGACAGAGUUGGAGAGAGGGUGGGGAGAGAGGGAGGUGGGGAGAGGAAAUUACAGAGGGGCAGUGAAAGGGGGUUGGGGAGCCUUCAUAGUAAAACUGAGGAAACAAUGUUUAAUGCUCAUAAAUAAGGUUUCUGCUUCUGUGACAAAUAAUUUAUUCCUAAACAAGUCAAACUCACAUUUUGUUCUAAAUGAACUGGACUAAGUCUGGAUGAAUUGUUGGAGGAUGGAAUUUACAAAAAGAGGAAAGCACUGGUUACAGUGAUGAAGCAAAGAACUGCAAAUGCUGAAGAACUGAAACAAAAAACAGAAAUCAUUGGAAAAACACAGCAGGUCUGGCAGUAUCUUUUGGAGUCAUACAGCAUAGAAACAGACCCUUUGGUCCAACUCCUCCGUGCCGACCAGGUUUCCCAAACUGAACUAGUUCCAUUUGCCUGCAUUUGGCCCCACCUUCAGUGGGGAUGAAGAUCAGGAGCGAUUCUUGUCUGGUUCUCACCUCCCUGCUCCUUAAGAUGAUGAAUCAAAUUGUAGUGUCCCUGCCACUGCCCCUUUAAAGGUCCGCUGGCACAAUACAGAUUGGAGACGAACAUUUCUUUGUUUUAUUUCUGAUCUGUUCGACUUAUUGAAUAAAACCAUCUGAGGAGAUAAGCUUCGUUGUCCUCAUCCUACAUUACAACAAUGCCUGCACUUCAAACAAGUUAAUUGGUUGCAAAACACUUUGGAUGGCUUGAGGUCGUGAUCGCAAUAUACCAAUGAUUUUUGCGGAUACAGUGUGAUCACCAAUGCCAAAAUGUCAUCAAUUCACAGCGGGUAACUACCUGAAUAAUGAAAUGGCGUCGUACAGGAUUCUGUCGAAGGAAUCAAUGGGAAAUACAAGCUCAGUUCCUCCAUUCUGCAGUCUUUGAUCUUAUUACUGUGGAGAAGACUCCAGUGGUGGCGAGGCAUUUUUGAUAGAGAAGUGGGAUCGGAAAAUUUAAAACGCGAUAUCCCUAGCCUAUUGCAUAUUCUGCUUAGCUUGUUGAAGCCAAUGCUGGCAGAAUACUGAGGUGAGCUGCUGUCUCUGUGGCCACAGUCAGUGCGCUCAGGCAAUGUGACGCAAAGAAGAAGAAUUACUUGCGUUCACGCUGCAGGAAUACAGCCACACACUUCAGCGGUCACCACAAUAGCCCCACUAUUCUGUUCUGGCAAGUUAGUGUUACAACAAUCACCUUAAGAUCGUAACAUUUGAGGUCCUUACAUCUGACCCUCAGUUAAAGCGCUGUUGACUCAUACUGUGUCUGUGGGUGUGCUGUGAAAUCAUCAAUGUAUCAUAGAAUCCCCACCGUGUUGAGUCCACACCGACUCUCCGAAGGGCAUCCCACCCAGCCCCCAACCCUAUCCCUGUAAUCCUGCAUUUCCCACAGCUAACCCUCCUAGCCUGCACAUCCCUGGACACUAUGGGCAAUUUAGCAUGGCCAAUCUGCCCAACCCGCACAAUUUUGGACUGUGGGAGAAAAUCGGAGCAGUUGAGUGAAUCUGAAAAGCAGGCAGUCAAACUACAAAGUGCAUAUCCUCCUGACUGCAGAUGGCAACACGCAUCGCCUGGUGCAGCACCAAGUUGUGCACGCCAGGGAGACCCUGGACUGAUUCCCAUAAGAGCUGAAUUUGCUGUACAGCAGGAUGACUUCUGAUAAGGGAGAGGAAGCCGGUUCUGAAUAAUUUACUAAUCCUGGAAGCUGCAGAAGUUAAACGUUGGGUCGAGACGGUUAAACCUCGCAAUGAUUGUGCACAGGAUGGCUCUUGCUUUUUCACUGUGUUUGGAUGGAAGUCUGAUAUGGUUACGAUCUUAAGGCUUUAGCAAACUGGGAAACGCCACUGCUUCCCGGGUCUCUUCCUGAAUGAGUUGCAGUUUGGAGGAUCAGGUCCAUCUGAAUGGAAAACUACUGUACUGCAUAUCACGUGCGUGCAAACCGGUUUCGAUCAGUUCCAAACUGUUGCGUUUCUCGUUCCCUUAUUCACACAAGGGAGCCUUAAAAGGGAGCUAAAUGUAUUCCGCCACACAAGAAGAUAUUAGAACAUCGCGAAUAAUGUUGGCUCUGUACGUGUACGAAUAUCUGCUUCAUGUCGGGGCACAGAAAUCCGCACAGACCUUCCUCUCAGAGAUACGAUGGGAGAAAAAUAUCACAUUAGGAGAACCUCCUGGGUUUUUACACUCCUGGUGGUGUGUGUUUUGGGACCUUUACUGUGCAGCUCCAGAAAGGCGAGACACGUGUGAACAUUCAAGUGAAGCAAAAGCCUUCCAUGAUUAUGAAAAUAUUUUACUGCUGUGAAAUUUGAGAUACAAUCUCAUAAUUUAUUGG